UCGGUCGCCUGUGCCCUGACUCUGUGUAGUUCACAGUGGAAGAGCAGGGGACACAUUUUAUGUUAGCUACUUUUCUGUAGCUGAUAUGAAGCUGGAACCCUCUGAGCUGUAAAUGCGGAUGUAGUUUCCCCUUCUUAUGGCUUCUGCAGCUGCAUGCUCACAGACAGAGUCGGGAUGUUUUCUACCAACAUGGAAACAAAAAGAGUGGAGAUUCCCUCCGGCGUGCUGGACGACCUUUGCAGUCGAUUCAUCUUGCACAUCCCCAGUGAGGAGAGGGACAAUGCUAUUCGGGUGUGCUUCCAGAUCGAGCUAGCCCACUGGUUCUACCUGGACUUCUGCAUGCAGAACACCCCAGGAGCUCCUCACUGUGGGAUAAGAGACUUUGCCAAAGCAGUCUUCCAUCACUGUCCAUUUCUGUUGCCACAUGGAGAGGAUGUGCAGAAAGUCCUUGAGCAGUGGAAGGAGUACAAGAUGGGUGUACCUACUUAUGGUGCAAUCAUUCUAGAUGAAGCACUAGAAAACGCGCUGCUCGUUCAGGGCUACCUGGCGAAAUCAGGCUGGGGCUUUCCGAAGGGGAAAGUUAAUGAGGAUGAAGCUCCUCAUGACUGUGCAGUUCGGGAAGUGUUGGAGGAAACAGGCUAUGACAUCAAGAAUCGCAUCUGCAAAGACAUGUACAUAGAGCAGAAAAUCACUGACCAGCUGGUGCGGCUCUACAUCAUACCAGGAGUGUCAAAGGAUACCAAGUUCAAUCCCAAAACAAGAAAAGAGAUCAGGAACAUUGAAUGGUUUCCUAUUGAGAAGCUGCCAUGUCACAGGAAUGAUAUGACCCCAAAGUCUAAACUUGGACUUGCCCCCAACAGGUUUUUCAUGGCCAUUCCAUUCAUAAGACCACUGCGAGAAUGGAUCAGCAGGCUGAAAGGCGAGUCAACAGACAGUGAUGAGGACUUUGCAAACAAUGGCAACACUCCAUGCAAACCUUCAGACAGUGCUCGGUCCAAAUCCCGCCGCCUCACCAGCACUGAUGCAUUUCCAGGAGACUGGGCAAAACACAAGCAGCAGAAGGCUCUGGGCCAGCUGACCCAGUAUGACAUCAACCAGAACCCAAAUGUGAAAGGCGGGAAGAAAUGUCAGGAUUCGUCUUAUGUGAAGAAAGGAGCCAAUGACAAUGGAGCCAACAACCAACAGGUGAAAACCACAUUAAAGGAAAAUAAAAGACUCCAACCCAGAAGACUGCAAGACAGUUUUGAGAGAGAUGUGGCUCCAUGCAGCUCCAGCGGUCACCAGACAGUCCACAUCAAAGACUCUGAACACCUGCUGUCCUCCAAGACUUUCCUCAAUUUCAAAUUCGACAGAGACGCCAUCAUGAAAUGUUUUGACUACUAACAUGGCUGAUGAAGCGUUGUGCCUCUCCUGUAUCAGCAUCAAACUACAGCCAAACUAUGAGACUUUUUACCUUGAUCUCCAGGCAAAGAUGUUACUGAACAUGCCUUUUUCUUCCUUGCCUUGCUUGUCAUGAGCACACAUUUACAUCUACAUUUACUUCACUGUUGUAGUUUCCUUUUGCAUUCCCAACUUUUCAGACUUGUUAAAAGGGAUUGUAACCAGAAGCACCAUCUUCAAACUAUCCAUGACGGAAUCAUAACUUUUUCUUUGUUAAUCUUUGAAUACCUAAAUUCAUGAUUCAGUUUACAGGAUGCAGCACAUAGAUCAAAAGGAGAACACUGCUCAGGUUAAGCAUUACACUUUUAAAGGCAAGAGAACAGAAUUAUGAGAACAUAAUUGAUUUUAAGCACAUAAAAGGUGACAGUAAAAUGUAAAAAACUAACAAACAAAACAGCUGUCAUAUCUUAGUGAAUUUGGCCAGUGAAUCAAUGUUGAAUUUAUCGUGUUAUAUACUGAUUUUUAGAUGUAACAAUUUAGGUAUCAAUGAUUUCCUCCUUUCUUCCAGCUGAGUCCCAGAAAUGUUUUGGAUGCUGAAGAAAGCUAGGUAUUAAUAGUGUUAUUGGCUUUAUGUAUUUAUGCUGUAAUUGUCUUUAUUACCAAUAUUACGAAAGAUUUUAUCCAGGAAUGUAGCCUACAGCGUAAUGGAAUAUUAACCUGGGAAAGGAAGAACAAGUGGUCUUCACAACUUCGUCUUUGCAAGUUGAAUGUCAUUAAAUACAUGUUACCUUGUUGUAUGGAAUUUUGUGGCUGCCAAUAUUAAGAUGAAACUAUGAGAUCAAUUUGACAUUUGGAAAUCAAUAAUUACAGCCCACAAAAUUACAAAUUACAGUGAAAAUUCCAGUGACACUCCACAGUACAUUACUCAAUAAUAAUACUAAUAAUAAUAAUAAUAAUAAUAAUGAUUGAAUGAAUUCAAUUGGCUGACUGUGCAACCUUAAUGAUAUUCCAAACUUGUAUUUGAAUUUAAAUUACACCCUUGGUGUGAGCUUGUCCCUAGUGAAAAUGAACGUUUCUAUAAUGGCAGGGUUCUUGCACAUUUCUUUUCCAAACACUGUCUAAGUCUAUGUCUUUCAUCACAAAUUAGUUAAUGACAAUUACAAUUCAAAUGCAAAGAGCCUGGUUUGCAUUUUUUAUGUUUAGGUGCAACAUUUUCUGCUAAUUUGAAAAUGAUAAUACAAAGUCAGAUUCACAUUCAAUUUCAUUAUUACUGUGGCAGUGUAGUGCUCACUGAAACAAUGUAGUUUUCAUUUUAAAUUUAAUUUUGGCAAUAAUUGUGCAUUGUACACCAUACAUGUGAAAAUUGGGUUUUGAUAUUUUUAUUUUGUCAUACAUCAUGCACACACAUGGAAAAUGACAUUGCAGUUUGAUUAAAUAGUUCAAUUUUAAUACUUUUAGCCACUGACUUUCCUACAUUGUUGUUGUUAUUUGCCUUUAAGUGACCCACAUCCCACUUGUAUGUUAGUCUGUGUGGUUUUCAGCAGUCUUGUAAUUCCAAACUGUUGUGUUGUGCAGAGUGCAGGGUUUACAGGUUUAAACUCAUGAUGAGAUUUUGUUGAGCAAAAGUUCUCAAUCAUAUUCUUCAUGACCCACGUGUUAGCUGCUAUAGUGUUUGGUUGGUAUGAAAACUUGCAGACUCUUAAACUGUGGGGCAUGAUUGAGGACCAUUGCAUUAAACUACUGUGACCAUGAGUUAUUGUCAAAAACAUUACAGAUGACUCUCACAAAAUGGCCACAUUUAAGGAUUUCCAGCCACUAGAGCUCAAAACAUAAGCAAAGACAAUUUGCAUCAUAGAAGUCUUAGAAGUUCAACCAACAGUCUGGCUAUUUAUAUUUUCUCAAGGUAAUAUCACGCAUACAUGUGAGAUGAAUAAAUCUGGAAGUAAGAGCUCUUUUUCUGAUUCUCACCAGGGGUUCUUUGUUAUUAAUUGUACAGAUAGUGAUCUCAAGUUGUCCUAUGGCUUCAAUGGUGUUUUGACUUCAAAUGUGAAUAUUAAUAAAAGUUUGGUUUUUUUGCACUCCAGAA